UAUCUUUAUAUAUUAUGGACUAGUCCCAUCCUUACACUAUACUGCUAAAAGCAAAAGGCUGUGACACCUCUGGCUACAAAAACUCAGCCAUUUUCUACCCCUCUUUUCCCACUUUCCUUUUUUCUCAAUCCUAUAAUAACACACACUAUCCAAUUCCCUGUAUUAUCAUACAUACCCAGAAAGAAAAAAGACGCUGGUUUUUGUUUCUCUGAAAGGAUAGAGGAACAGAAUCUUGGUUGCUUUCUCUUUGCGACGGCAAAUGGAAGACAAAGAUGAUGGGCUGGGUUUGGGUUUGAGUCUGAGUUUGGGAGGUCAGGAAAAACAUCAAAAUCAGCCAUCUUUGAAGCUCAAUCUCAUGCCGUUUCCGUCGCUCUUUAUGCAAAAUACUCACCACAGUACCUCCUUGAAUGACCUUUUCCAAUCAUCUGAUAGAAACUCUGAUACGAGGUCAUUUCAACGAGGGAUUGAUAUGAAUCGGAUGCCCCUCUUCGCCGAUUGCGACGAUGAAAACGGUGUUUCUUCGCCGAACAGUACGAUUUCCAGUUUAAGUGGAAAGAGAAGCGAGAGGGAACAGAUUGGAGGAGAGGAGAUGGAGGCAGAGAGAGCAUCAUGCUCUCGCGGCGGAAGUGACGACGAAGACGGUGGCGCCGGCGGCGAUGACGGUUCUAGGAAAAAACUGAGGCUCUCAAAGGAACAAUCUUUAUUGCUUGAAGAGACUUUUAAGGAGCACAAUACUCUCAAUCCAAAGCAGAAGCUGGCUUUAGCUAAACAGUUGAAUCUCAAGCCAAGACAGGUGGAGGUGUGGUUUCAGAACCGGAGGGCAAGGACUAAGUCGAAGCAAACUGAAGUUGAUUGUGAGUACUUAAAAAGGUGUUGUGAGAAUCUGACACAAGAGAACAGGAGGUUGCAGAAGGAGGUGCAGGAGCUUAGAGCAUUGAAGCUCUCCCCACAGCUGUACAUGCACAUGAACCCUCCCACCACACUCACAAUGUGCCCUUCAUGCGAGCGUGUUGCAGUCUCCUCAUCGGCUGCUCCCAGCCGCCAACCACCGAAUUCCCAACCCCAACGACCGGUGCCUGUUAAGCCUUGGGCAGCAUUGCCUAUCCAGCAUCGACCGUUUGAUACGCCUGCUUCUAGAUCGUAGUUGUCUGCUGGAGAUGGGGAUCCUAUGGAUAGAAUUUAAGUGCCAUUUUGGGUCUAUGCUAAAAAGGAUGUGUGUGGAAGGAAUAUGAAAGAGGUGGUUUGGAUGCAAAUUUUGUAUAGGAUGGGACUUUAACUUAAAAGUCACAGAAAGUAGUAGUGUUUAUAAACGGCAAAGUUUGAUUAACUGAAACGAUAUGACAAACGAAUCUGAAUUUAUCUUGGUUAGGAUUUGAUGUGGGAUUUGACAUGUAGUACUAGUUGGAGUACUGAUUAUUACAAUGAAGGAAUCAAACAUUAUGCUAAAUGAUUUUGUCA